AACUAAAAUCCAUAUCUCACUAUCCUGAAUAUUGUUCACAGAGUUCAUCUAUCCUCACUUAUAGACAUUUCAGGCAGUCAAAAAUUCCAACAUUAGUAAAUUGCUUUUAAAGGAAUUGAAAAGGGUCUAGUCCUGGUCCUGGUGGCCAUGUUAUAGAGUGGAGCCAUGGCUCAGUCAGGUUGCACAAGUGUGCUCUCCAACCUGGCCCCAUGCCUUAACUACAUAACUGGAAAUUCAUCGACCCCAUCAUCAUCAUGUUGCUCACAGCUCUCUAAUGUUGUUCAAUCAUCCCCACAGUGCCUUUGCACUGCCCUUAAUGGUGGUGCUGCCUCAUUGGGUAUUAAUAUAAACAAAACUCGAGCUCUGUCACUACCUAGUGCUUGUAAUGUGCAAACUCCACCCAUUAGCCAGUGUAAAGGUGCCAACGGAACUCCACCAGUUGGUUCUCCAGCAGAUUCUUCUGAUGAAACACCUGCAGGUGCAACUACCACUUCAGCAUCGGGCAUUCCUUCAGAUAAAAGAAUGCAGAUGGUUCUAGCUUUUGUCCUUGUGGCAGCUCUAUGUGGAGGAUCAAUGGCUCAACCGAGUUCAAGUUGCACCAAUGUGAUCAUUAGCAUGUCUCCAUGCCUAAAUUAUAUAACAGGAAACUCCUCCACCCCCUCUUCUUCAUGCUGUACACAGCUUGCUAGUGUGGUCAGGUCACAGCCACAGUGCCUGUGUGAUGUCCUUAAUGGUGGUGCCUCAUCUCUCGGUAUCAACGUUAAUCAGACUCAGGCUAUGGUACUUCCUGGUGCUUGCAAUGUCCAGACUCCCCCUAUUAGCCAAUGCAAUGCUUCAUCUCCAGCAAACUCUCCUGCAGGAACACCAUCUUCUUCAGGAAAUGGAUCUAAGACAGUACCGUCAACUGGUGGGGACACAUCAGAUGGGAAAACUACCGAAUUGACAUCUUCUCUGCUUCUCUUCAUAGUUUUCAUAGCAUCAUAUGCUUUGACUUUCACCAUCAUCUGAGCUAUAUUACUGUGUUUCUAAUCUACUAUCACCAUACAUAUAUAGGAGUGUUGUAAUCUUAUAUGAUUUUUUGGUAUGUUCCUUUGGUCAAAGGCAGCAUAUCAUUAUACUCUUCUUUUUUUCUUUCUUUUUUUUCGGAGUUGGAUUCAUUUUAUUCCCAUUUUGGAAUAAAUUUUGUAUGAAUGUGGAGAAAUCCAUUGCAU